AUGCUCCUCAAAAACGUCAUCGGGCUGGGCGGGCAGGCGGGGCUGGGGGAGGAGGGGGCGGUGCCGCUGCAGCUCGCGCUGGUGGGGGAGCAGUCCAUCCUGCCCAGCCUGAUGCGCCUGAUGGAGGGUGGCGGCGACGCCUCCCUCGACGCCGCGGAGCUUCUCUGCUGCGUGCUCGAGGCGGCGUCGAUGCGGGCGGACGGCGCGCGGCUACUCACGCUUGUGGCGCGGCCCUUCCUCCCGCUCUUCACGCGGGCGGUCGCCGCGGGCGACUGCGCCGCGCACCGCCGCCGCCAGUCGCAGAUUGCCCUCCUCUCCCUCGGCGCCGCCGCGCUCGCCGCUGAGCAAGCGUGUGGAGACGCAGAGGCGGGGCCAGGCGGAGAGGGCGCGCCCCAGGCCGCUCCGAGGGUGGCUGGGGCGGUGGCGGCGCUGCUCGGCCCGCUCUCGCGGCUGCUGGCGCACGGCUCUUGCGAGGUUGCCCGCGCCGCCGCCCGCUUGUGGUCCUCUUUCCUCGACUCAGCGCCGCAAGAGCUGCUCGGCUGCCGCGGCAGCUGCUCGGCUGCGCUGGUCACGGCCGAGCUCUUCACGCGGGUGGAUCGGAACGGGGGCGGGCGGCAGGACAUGCUGCGGCACGCCCUCCUCAAGGCGCUGGUCUCCGCGCUGCGCUGCGACGACGCCCGCCUCGGCGCCGCCAUCCUGAAGUCGGCAAAGCUGCUGCCGCGGCUCGAGCGCAAUUUGCUCAUGCGGGAGGGAGCGGGCGGCAAGGCUUCGCGCUGCUCGCCGGAGCACGCGAGGCUGCUCGUGCUCGAGAUCGCGGCGAUCGGGCGCACCGCCGCGCUCGCGCCGCACCUGGCUCGCUCCGCCGAGUGGCGCCGCAUCGGCACCAUCGUCGGCGUCGAGCUCGGCGGCGGUGCAGCCGAGGGCGGGCAUGCGUGCGAGCCGCGCGAGGCGUCCCCCUCCUCGUCGGGCGACGAGGAGGACUACGCGUCCGCGCCGGAGGCGGAGGCCGAGGUGGGCGAGGCGGGCGGCGACGAGCCGACCGGCGCGGAGAACCUGACUCCGCGGCCGAGCUUCGAGCGCCGCUCCGUCCUCCACCGAAAGGCAAAGGAGAGCUCGCCCUACUACCGCAAGGAUGGCGACGGCCGAUCCGCCCCAGACGCGCCGGCCCAAGAAGACGCCGCCAUCUCCGCGCUCAACGAGACCGUCAAGGCGCUGAGCUUUUGA